UCCGUCGAAGUGCCCGCAACAAUAUGGCUGCAUCAAUGACGUCGUAUUAUGCGACUGCAACACCACGAGCUAUUUCGCUCACAACAAAUGUGGGGUCAGAAUGCAUAGAGCUCAAUGUCACGGAGUUUACGAGCAAACGGGUGACAGUGAAACCAAUUUGAAACGUGGCCUUCGCUACAGUUGAACAUACUAGAGGAGUUCUACGUUGAGGCAAAGACCUAUCCAGGUCUUUUGAAUUCCCUUUCAGCGUCCGAUGGCUGUCUGUAGGUCCAACAUGUCCACUCACAUCUGUAGGCUGUUGGAGCUGGCCUCUCGCGCCUCUUGCUGUCUGGACAUCACAAGUCAGUCUUGUUUACGGAGGACACUGCUGGUGGCUCCUAGAGUGCCCUGGGUCCCGAUGUUUCACAGAAGAACCUACAGCCUUGAUUCUCUGUCCCCUGGGCCUGGUCGGCCAACGCUUGGUGCAAACUCCCAGCAGCCUCAUGCAGAAAGAGUAUCUCCCUCUUCAGCACUCACACACAGGAACCUGUCUGCUGUGGCAAUGAAGGGUCAAUUUCGUCCUCUGUGCUUUUAUGAUUUCCUGGAUCUUGGCGAAGUCGAGGACAAUGUACGUCAAGCUCGCACCUGUAAAAAGUCCAGACACUUCAUCGUGGACCCAGAGUUGGCUAAGCUGGUUGUACAGCAUCUGGGACCUGACCUACAGAGCGCCAAGACUGUUGUCUUGGAAUGUAACCCAGGUCCUGGGGUGUUGACUAAGACCCUGCUCAAUGCUGGAGCUCAACGAGUUGUGGCUCUUGAGACAGAGAAACCUUUCUUGAAGGAGUUGCAGGCAUUGGAAAGCCUUCUUGAUGGUCAGCUGCAAGUGGUUCAUUGUGACUUCUUCAAAUUGGACCCUGUCUGGGAGGGAAGCAACAAGCCACCCCUUAUGUUCACUGACAAACUAUUCACUGACUUGGGAAUAACAGAAACCAACUGGUUGGAUGAGUUCCCAGUGAAAGUUGUGGCCAUCCUGAAACAGAGUAAUGAGCGUCCCACCCUGCUGAGAUUAGCCUAUGCUCUGUUUGAACGGCUGUCCAUUUACAGAUAUGGAAGAAUAGAGCUCAACUUCUUUAUGAGUGAGCGUGAGUACAUGACCAUGGUGGCAGCUCCUGGUCAGAUGAGGCACUACAGAGCCCUCAGUGUCUUGUGGCAAAUGGCCUGUCAUAUUGAACUCCUUCACAAGGAGCCCUGGGAGUCGUUUGUGGGAUCCAAAAAGAGUGCACAUUCAUCCAAAGGCGUUCUUCCAAACGAUCACAUGUGCCUGGUUCGUCUGCGUCCACGGGCCGACCUGUUCUCUGCCGGCCUCACGCCCGCAAAUGCCUCCACCCUUUUGGUGAUGGUCAAACAAUGUUUGGCAAAGAGGAAGGAGAAACUUAUUAAAAAGCUUAAUCUCUGGUCACCUGACAGCGGGAGUAAAUUGUUGGCCGAGAUGGGACUUCCUGAAGAUAUCAUGACAGGUCAAGUUUUUCCGAGGCAAUAUCUUCAGCUGUUCCAAUUGAUUGAGAAGAGCCAGGAUUUUGCUCAGAGCUGGCUUUAUGAAGAGAUCAUGGAGAACACUGGGAAAGAGAGAUCGGGCUGAAGUGUGUAUAUACCUGACAAAAUGAUUAUGUUCAUCGAUGAAACUUGUGUAUAAUUUAUUAGCAGUGAAAUAUAAACAACGAUUGUAAUAUAAACCAGGGACACGGUCAAUUGAAACGAUAUACAAAUGGCCUUGAAGGUGCAUACAAUUGCUCAUCAAAGGUAAACAGUGGAUUAAUGGACCACAACUGUAUUUUAUAAUGUGGCAAAAUACAGUUCUUGUGUGUUGACUUUCAGUGUUGAAAACCUUGAGGUUGGCUCUUAAAACAUGUAUGAUGUCAGUUCAACUUGAGGACUGAUGCAUAACUACUGUACCGAUUUUGAUCAUUGUAAUUACUUCUAGAAACCUCUCAGGAGCUAUGUACGUUACACAUUUUAAAAAAAUCUUAAAGAGUAGCAGCCAGUGCAAAUUUUUCAAUCUAUUAUGUUUUGUAUGCUUUAUAUUUUUAGGUAAACACUUCACUUUUCUAAUAUGGCACAAUGUGUUUGCUUGUGUGUCAUAUUUACAAUGUACAUCAAUUCGGUGUACAGGACUGUAAUUUGGUUUGGAAGGAUCAUUGUCCUUGCAAACAUAUUUCUAUGAGAAUUGUUUUCGUCACACAAAUUUUUGCAAUACAGUAUACCACUUUUUUCUGUUUUGGGAAAUAGGUCCAUGUCCACUCAUUCGGCGUUUGACAUGAAAGUAAUACAUUUGGAUGAAUUAAAAAUGUUGAACCGUUUAAA